AUGGCCAUCCACUACCCCAUGGCUGUAGGCCUCAACAAGGGCCACAAAGUUACCAAGAAUGUUUCGAAGCCGCGACACUGCCACCGCUGUGGGCGCCUGACCAAAUACACCAAGUUUGUGAGAGAUAUGAUCCGGGAGGUGUGUGGGUUUGUCCCUUAUGAGAGGCGGGCCAUGGAAUUGUUAAAGGUCUCCAAGGAUAAGCGAGCCCUAAAGUUCAUCAAAAAAAGGGUGGGAACUCACAUUGGAGCCAAGAGGAAGAGGAGCUCGGCAACAUCCUGGCUGCCAUGA